AUGCCCAUUUUUGAUCUCACAGAUGAUCCCAAAAAUUUAAUUGUAAAAGCCGAAUCUAAAGCUAAAUACCGGCGCCGGUAUGCCGCAAAAGAAUCUUACAUAGUAGUGCCGGGAGCAGUACAUACAGUAGUGACGGAAUCAAGCGAUGCAUCAAUUUUUCCAAGACUUUAG